AUGCCACGCUCCGAAGUGAUCUUCCCGCUCUACGUUUAUCCCGCCGAAGCGGCGUGGGACCCUCUCAUCGAGCAGAACCGAGGGAUCAACUUCACCCUUGUAAUCAACCCGGCCAGCGGCCCGGGCGCUGGUUCCUUGCCAGACGCCAACUACACGCGCGAGCUCACAAAGCUAAACACCCAGUACCAGAACGUCAGAUGCAUUGGCUAUGUGGCUACCACGUAUGGGUCCAAAGACAUCGAGAUCGUUGAGCAAGAAAUCGCCACGUACGCGGGUUGGGGGUUACGAGAUCCGUCUUUAGCUGUCGCUGGUGUCUUCCUCGACGAGACCCCUUGGCAAUACAGCCCAGAAGCCGACCAAUAUUUCCAACGGAUCAAGGCCACGGUCUCGAGCACUGAUGGCUUGCUCGGCAGCUUCAUUGUGCACAACCCUGGGGCGGUCCCACACCCCCGGUACUCCGCGAGCGCUGACGUGACGGUUGUGUUUGAAGAAACCUACCAGACUUUUAUCGAACGCAGGUCAGCCACAGCUUUGGCGGACGUGCCGGGAGGCAGGGGUGACAGGUCAAUCAUGAUGCAUUCGGUGCCGGCCGGGAUGAGCGCGAAGGCGCGCAAGAAGCUAGUGCAGCAGCUGCGCUCCUUGGCCGGCCACUUGUUCGUGACCGACCUGGACGUAGAUUAUUACUCGGGCAUCAGUCCGCACUUUGGUGAGUUCGUGUCAGCGCUAGAUUGA